GUAAAAGUAAUGUAACAUUAAUAUACUUGUAUAAAAGAAACUCGCCGCACCUUAUUCACUGUUAAAUAUAUAUAAAUAAAGUCAUUCUACUGAUUUCCAUAUCCAUCAUUUUCUUUUCUUGGUUUUUGUUUUCAUUUUUGCUUCCCCUACCGUCGGCCAUGGCUGCUCUCUCACAGUUCUUCUCCCACCUCUACACCAUGACCAUAGUCUUUUUCACUCUCCUACUCCUUGAAGUUGUGAUCCUUAUCAGGUCCGUCACCGGCGGGGUUUGCGACUCUGAGAAGCGCCUGAUCACAACCACACAGUACCUGAAAUUCAUUGAAGAAAAGAACCCGACGGUUCGUUACUCGAGUAGAUCAUCGUCGAGGCUGGAGUCAAAUGAAUGUGCGGUGUGUUUAUCAGAGCUGGAAGAAGGUGAAAAAGUUAGGAAAUUGAAAUGUAAGCAUACUUUCCACAAGGACUGCCUGGAUAGGUGGCUUCAACAGUAUUGGGCUACUUGCCCACUUUGCCGGACUAAAGUUUUGCCAGACGAGAUUGUGGCUAACUACCACAGGCUGCAAAAUCAGGUAGAGUAUGAUGGGAGUGAUGAAGAGAUGAUUUUCUUGUUAUCUGCCUUACAUGGUAAUAGUUUACACAGAUUGUUCUGAUUUUUGUACUACUAGGAUUGUUAAGUUCUUAUUUAAUUAUUUGGGCUGACAGAAGCACCGAUACUCGGUACAAUAUUAUAAGUAGAAAGAAUUUUAUGUAUAAUUUUUCUCUGUUUUUUCUUCUGGGUAAAUUUUGAUGUAGAUUUUAGUUGAUUUUAUGUAUAUAUAUCUAUAUUGGCAAUGGCUUCAA